AUGUACAAAAUCAGAAACAACACCUUACAACAUAAACAAAAUCAAUUAAGAUGUAUUAAUAUAGAAAUUAACACGCAGAACUCAAUAUUAAAUCAUUAUUUCAAAACAUCACAACCAACACGACAACAUCAAGAUGAUCUGAGAUGGAUAAAUAAAUUUAAUGAAAAUUUUGAAAAUAAGUUGAUAAAAAAGCACGAUAAGAAAAUAAAACUAUUAAAAGAAAAACAAGUGCAACCACAAUCAACAAAACCACAAACAACAAAACCGAUGAAUUCAAAAAUAACAUAUGAUACAUCAAAUGUUAUUAACAUAUCGAAGAUUCAUUUAAGUCAACAACAAUUAAAAGUAAUAUCAAAAGGAUUAAAAUUUGUUCCAACACCAACAUCAAUUAAUACAAUAACAACAGUGGUAAAUUGUGAAAAAUCCUUAUUUUCGACAUCAAAAUUAAUAAAAAGUGCAGCAAUAUCAGAAAUAUCAACAUUUAUUCAAAAAUGGAGAAAACCUACUAAAUUCAAUAUGAAUAAAGAGGAAGUAAAAUUAUUAAAAGAAAUAAAAACAAUUGAAGAUAUUGUUAUAGUUCAAGCUGAUAAAGGUGGCAAAAUAGUUGUUAUGAACAAAAACGAUUAUUUUAAUAAAAUUGAAGAAAAAUUAAAUGAUUUGAACGUUUAUGAACAAGUGAAAAAAGAUCCAACAACAAUAAUCAAAACAGAAAUCAACAAAAAGGUUACCAAGAUGUUAAAUCAAAACAAAAUUACAGAUCAAAAUAAAUAUUAUUUAACAUCAAUCGAUGAUCUUCCUAAAAUUCGUGGUCAACCUAAACUACAUAAAAUUGAUACUCCGAUGAGAAUUGUUACUUGUUCACGAGACACAAUAACAUCACCUAUCUCUCAAUUCAUAUUUAGAAUAAUUAAAGAAUUAAGAACAACUUUAAAUGGUGUGGUAUGUAAUACAUCAAAGUUUGUCAAAAUUAUUUCAGAUGUUAAAUUAAAUCAAGACGAACAUUUAGCAAGUCUUGAUAUUCAAGAUUUAUAUACAAACAUACCAGUUAGCAAAGCCAUCGAUAUUACAUUAAAACGACUUGAUGAAUCCAAGAAAUUGGAUAAUUUACCAUUUACCAAAACUGAUAUUAAAGAGCUGCUAAAUUUAGCCUUAAAGAACAGCUAUUUUCAAUUUAAUGGUAAAUUUUACAAACAAAAAACAGGUUUACCUAUGGGUAAUACAUUAUCACCAAUACUAGCCGACAUAUACAUGGAUGAAUAUCAAAAACAACAUUUACAUGAAGUAAACAUUCCAAAUAAAAUAUGGAGAUAUGUUGAUGAUAUUCUAAUCAUUACAAAAAUGAAUAAACCACAAUUGGAAAAAUAUGUAUAUGAUUUAAAUAAAAUACGUGGAACAAUUAAAUUUACCUCAGAAUUUGAACAAAAUGAUCAAAUAAAUUAUCUUGAUACAAUGUUAACAAAAACAAUAAUAAAUAAUGAAAUAAUACUUAAAGUUAGAUGGUUCCGAAAAGAUACAGCUGCAGAUAGGCUAUUAAAUUAUGAAUCAAGUCAUGGAAAAUCCAUCAAAAAUAACAUCGUUAAAAAUAUGACUGCAAGGAUUUUAGAAACAACUCAAGACAACAAAGAUCAACAAGAAGAUUUAAAUAAAUUAAGAGACAUGUUAUUAAGAUCAAAUUAUCCGUUAAGAGAAAUUGAAAAAUUAAUCAAACAAACAUGUCAAGAAUUUAAAUCAAAUAAAAAUAAAAAUAAAUCCAAUGAUAAAAACGAUGAUACAGCCGGUCAGAUUAAAGAUAAAAAUAAUAAUGAUUUCAUUUGUAGUUUAACAUUACCAUACGCUCCUGGUAUGGAAGUACUUAAAAGAAGACUUGAAAAGAAAUUAAAAAUCAAAUUAUUCUUUUCCUAUCCAUACAAACUACAAUCACAAUUUAAUCAAUCAUUAAAAGUUCCAUCAAAAUCUGUUAUAUAUCAAAUCCCGUGCUCAUGUAAACAAACCUAUGUUGGACAAACAAAAGUAGGUAUAGAUAAUCGUAUGAAACAACAUUCAAAAACCAUAAAUGAUAAUGAAAAUAAUAGUAAUUCAGAAAUGGUUAAACAUUUUCAAGAAAAGAAAUUUCAAUGUCUAUUUGAUCCAAAUGAUGCAUUUAUAAUUGAAGAAGAAAAAGAUUAUUGGAAAAGACGCACAAAAGAAGCAAUAUAUUCAAUAAUAAGUGAGUCAGUAAAUACACAUGAUGAAAUCAAUGCAGCAUGGACACCAAUAUUACAUAAAGCAAAACAUCAGAUUCAACGAAAGAUCGAAUCAGCUCGAGAAAAUUACAACAAAUACAAAAGAACAAAAACUUAA